AUUAUAUUGAACCUGUAUGUUACAAAGAAGUAGUACAGCAUAUAGGUCUAGAUAAAUGAGGUAAUCUGGGAUAGGAAGACUAAUUUUUACAAUGUUUUGUGAAGGUAAAGCCUGAAACAAAACACUGUUGUUGUUCUUUCAGGCUUCUGGAUUUUAUAUCUUUUUUCUUUUGCUUAGUGUGUCGCUUGCCUUUUGCAUAAUGCCAAAUGUCAGAUGAUUGCACAUGCUUUGUCAACGGUUUUGUCUUGUCAUAUGAAACUACUGGCUAAGAAUAGCAAGAAGGAAAGUUUAAAGAGCUUUUAUGUAGUGUUUUGAGCAUAAUUUACAUCUGAAAAUCUUGUGUGUACAUGUUCUUUCUGGAGGCUUUAAUAUUAAUAGUGAUGUUGAUUUUUUGAUUUUCACUUCAAAUCUUAAAUACUUUUCUGAACAGUCACUGGAUAAAAUGUUUGGGGUUUUUUGUACUUUUGACUCAUCAGAAGUAUCUAAAAAAUAAAAAAAUAAGAUGGAGUGCAGAUUAGACUGAAAUAAUGGACUACUGGGUAAGGGGGGAACUCAGAUUAAUUUAACUUCGAAUAGGAUAUUUUCUACAAUUGAAAGGAUUAGAAGUUAUUUUUUGGCACAGAUUGGGGUUGGUGGGUACUCUUGACAAGUUUUUUGUGAUCAACUUCUAUACCUUCUACUUUUUAGCUCAAGCAAAAUGGCUUUGUUGAAUAUAUAGACCCCAGUUGUAAAUAUUUAUUAUUCCAAUUUUGAAAUGGUCAGUUUUAACAGAAUUACUGAACAGUCACUAGUAGCUUUAAUGAGGUAUUUACUUUUAAAAUGUUUGGUUAGAACCAAUUGGUUAUUACUUUAGUCAGUGACUAAAGCUGUUGUGUUAAAUAGUGCUAAUGCUUUUCAGGAAGUUGUUUCUGUCUGCUGUAACUCUUGAAGAUGCAUGGGUGUGAAAGAGACAGAUCCCUGUUAUUGGAAGCAGUUGUCACAUAACCCCCUUCAUGAGCUGAUAGUUUUUUGUUAAGAUCUCACAAUUAACAAGUUACUUAAUUUAAAAUAGGACUUUUUCUUCAGAUACUUGGAAAUAAUAAACCACUGGUAGAACCAGUUAUUUUCUAAAAAUACAUGUUGUGUGUGCACUACUUCCUGAAUUAAGGACCUGUUUGGAUGUACUUCCAAGAGUGACUUGCCCAAAUCAUCCAGAUUCCAUUUUAGUAGAGGAUUACAGAGCUGGUGAUAUGAUUUGUUCCGAGUGUGGGCUAGUAGUAGGUGACCGGGUCAUAGACGUAGGGUCAGAGUGGAGAACUUUCAGCAACGACAAAGCAACAAAAGAUCCAUCUCGAGUCGGGGAUACCCAGAAUCCUUUGUUGAGUGAUGGCGACUUGAGUACAAUGAUUGGCAAGGGCACAGGUGCAGCAAGUUUUGAUGAAUUUGGGAAUUCAAAGUACCAAAAUCGCAGAACUAUGAGCAGCUCUGAUCGUGCAAUGAUGAAUGCUUUUAAAGAAAUUACGAACAUGGCAGACAGAAUCAACCUCCCUAGAAAUAUAGUUGAUCGAACAAAUAAUUUAUUCAAGCAAGUGUAUGAGCAAAAAAGCCUGAAGGGAAGGAGUAAUGAUGCUAUUGCUUCUGCUUGUCUCUACAUAGCCUGUAGGCAAGAGGGUGUUCCAAGAACGUUUAAAGAAAUAUGUGCAGUGUCCAGGAUUUCAAAGAAGGAAAUAGGCCGGUGUUUUAAACUUAUUUUGAAAGCUCUCGAAACAAGUGUUGAUCUGAUUACAACUGGAGACUUCAUGUCAAGAUUCUGUUCCAAUCUGGGUCUUCCCAAACAAGUACAAAUGGCAGCAACACAUAUUGCCCGUAAAGCUGUGGAAUUAGAUUUGGUUCCUGGGAGAAGCCCUAUCUCUGUAGCAGCUGCAGCUAUUUACAUGGCAUCACAAGCUUCUGCAGAGAAGAGGACACAAAAAGAAAUUGGUGAUAUUGCUGGUGUGGCUGAUGUUACGAUUAGACAAUCGUACAGGCUGAUCUAUCCUCGAGCUCCAGAUCUCUUCCCAGCAGACUUCAAGUUUGAUACCCCAGUAGACAAACUACCACAGCUGUGAAAUUGCAGAGGGUUACUUUUAAUUUCUAUUAAAAAAAAACCACCAAAAAACAAAACCCAACCCAACAACAACAAACUUUUGGUUUUUGCCUAUAAUAAAGGAUGUACAAAGUGUUAAUAUUGAGUCUUCAUGUUGUGGAACUGGAGGAUAUGGAGAUGGAGCAUAACUGCUGGAACGCAGCACACAUUCCAAGGGUAAACAAACUCAUUGUGUGGCAUUUUGUUAUGUAUAUAUUAGUGGAAGUAAAUAUUUAAUGAUUGUUGCAACAACCUUAAUUUCAUAUUGUUGAACUUAUUUAGAUUUCUUUUGUAGGGAUCUAGUAAGAUGUAUUUUGGAAAAUCUAAAAUAUUAUGUAAUUCCCAAAUAAACUCUUUUCCAAAAACA